GUUUACACGUUACUGGUGUCGAGAACGCGCAUAGGACUCGUGCACGUUAUGAACUGCGCUGGUUUUGGGAUGUAGCGAGUAAAUUCAGCGUUUGUCGGUCCAGUGUCUAUUUAGCCUUAUGUUUUAGUGAACGUAACUGUGAAAGCGAAGAACGAGAGGAAGUCGACACAACAACAGAAUGAAUGAGCCCGAGGGACUGCGGUUCAGGAGGUUGAACAGACCUCAAAUAAUUACAGAUGAAACCCAUGAACCACAGUACAAAAACACAAGCACUUACAGUGGCAAGGUGUUUCGUGUGACAUUACUCACAUUAGUGGCUUUCCUGCUCUUCCCACUGCUGGUGGUCAUUUUCCUGCUGGAGUCUCCCAUUCAACCAGAGGUGUUUAGUCUCAAUGAACCACCUCUGAUGACUGGCUGUUAUGAGCCAAACCUGAAACUCAGACAAGCAGAGCGACUGUUUGAGGAGCGGCUUAUCGGACCAGAAUCCCUUGCUAACAUUGGAGAUGUUUUGUACACUGGGACGGCUGAUGGAAAGAUCGUCAAAAUUGAGGGAAGGAAUAUUCAUGUAUUAGCAACAAUUGGCAAGCCACCAUGUGGCUCUCGGGAGUACGAACAUACUUGUGGACGUCCACUGGGAAUCCGUGUGGGACCAAAUGGCACCCUGUUUGUAGCUGAUGCCUAUUUGGGGCUGUUUGAGGUCAAUCCUGUCACAGGUGAGGUAAAAUCUCUGUUGAGCACAGGGAAGAUGGUCGGUGGUCGACGUCUGGGCUUUGUCAAUGAUCUGGAUGUAACUCAGGAUGGCAAAAAGUUGUACUUCACUGACUCCAGCAGCAGAUGGCAGCGCAGAGACUUCAUGCACCUCAUCAUGGAAGCCACAGCAGAUGGACGUGUGCUCGAGUAUGAUAUCGAGACCAAGGAAGUGACCGUGAUGAUGGAGAACCUGAGGUUUCCAAAUGGCAUCCAGCUCUUCCCUGAUGAAGAGUCUGUUCUGGUGGCUGAAACCACAAUGGCCAGAAUAAGGAGAGUUCAUGUGUCUGGUCUCAAUAAAGGAGGUAUGGAUACAUUUAUAGACAACCUCCCGGGAUUUCCUGACAACAUUCGGCGUAGUUCCUCAGGUGGAUACUGGGUUGCCAUGUCUGCUGUGAGACCCAACCCUGGCUUCUCUAUGCUUGACUUCCUGUCUCAAAGACCCUGGUUAAAGAAGCUCAUAUUUAAGCUCUUCAGUCAAGAUACGCUAUUGAAGUUCGUGCCGCGCUACAGCCUGGUGGUCGAGCUGCAGGACGGCGGGACGUGCGUGCGCAGCUUCCACGACCCGCACGGCAUGGUGGCGGCCUACGUCAGCGAGGCACACGAGUACAACGGCUACCUGUACCUGGGCUCCUUCCGCUCCCCGUAUCUGUGCAAGCUGGAUCUGAGCAAAGUGUGAAGCGCAUCGACCGCUCCGAAGAACGCGCCAUGAGUCUAACAGAUGCUCUACUUGAGUCAUUUCACCCUGGCUUCCAAACAAACAGAUUUCGAAGCAAUUAACGUUGGCAAACAUCAACAAGAACACUUAUUAACAUCUUCCACAUUACAGUCAACACUAAACAAACACAGUCCCUUCAUUCGAUCACCAGACUCUUCAUUUAGCUCUGACAGACGGCUGUAUUUUUGUUCCAUUAACCCAUGUGGGCGACUUUCUUUUUUUAGAGAUGCGCGGUGCAUAAUAAGCUCUCCGUCAUGCUGUUUUUUUUUUAAAUAAAAAGAUGUGCCAUUACUAUUUUUGGUUCUCCCCCUUGUGACAGAAAUGAUGCAGUUUCUGUACUUGUUUUAUUUGCACCGACCAUCAUCUGCCCCUUAAAAUAGAGCUGCCAACUGUUUUUUUAUUUUAUGUUUUUUAAGGCGCUGUGAAACCAAACAAGGUGACUUGUAAAAACAAUGAUAAUUUCUGUGGAUGGCAGCAUAGAGAUGCUGUUUAGUGGAAGCGAAAGUGUAUUUUCAUUUCAUUAUGAAAUGAAUCUCCUGAAACGUUCAGCUAUAAUUAUCUUUGGUUUUAAAAAUGCUCCAGUGUUUGAAUGUUUUGGUUUAUUUUUAAUUGAGUGGUUGAAAGUAUUAAUUCCUUUUUUGUCCUUAUGUGUUAUCAUUGUUACCUGUAUAUGUUGCUGAAAUGACAUCUGCAUCACUGAUAAAUGCUGCUGGCUUUAGAGUAUUUAGCACACCUUUACACCAGUAUCUGUGUUUCCAUCCAUUCAUAUUAAUAUGAUGUCUAACAAUUA